AUGGCUGCUCUCUCCUCUGCCACCGCGGCUUCCGCCGCUUCCGCAUUCCUCGGCUCUAGCGCGGAGCUCGCGGCGAAGGUCCGCAACGUUGAGUGUCGCGUGACGAUGCGCAAGGCCGCCGGCAAGGCUGACAACCUGAGCCAGUGGUACGGCCCAGACCGCAGCCUGUUCCUCGGCCCGUUCAGCGCGCCGCCCGCGUACCUGAAGGGCGAGUUCCCUGGCGACUACGGGUGGGACACGGCGGGGCUGUCGUCGGACCCCGAGACGUUCGCCAAGAAUCGCGAGCUGGAGGUGAUUCACUCGCGCUGGGCCAUGCUCGGCGCGCUUGGCAUCGUCUUCCCCGAGUUGCUGGCGCGCAACGGCGUGCCGCUGCAAGAGGCGGUGUGGUUCAAGGCGGGCGCGCAAAUCUUCUCCGAGGGCGGGCUCAACUACCUGGGCAACCCCGGCCUCAUCCACGCGCAGAGCAUCCUCGCCACGCUCGCCGUUCAGGUGGUACUUCUGGGCGCAGUGGAGAGCUACCGCGUGGGCGGUUUGGAGGGGUUCCAGGAGGUGGAGGAUCCGAUCUACCCGAGCGGCGCGUUCGACCCGCUGGGGCUGGCGGACGAUCCCGACGCGGCGGCGGAGCUGAAGGUGAAGGAGCUCAAGAACGGCCGCCUCGCGCAGGUGUCCGCGCUGGGCUUUUUCGUGCAGGCCAUCGUGACGGGCAAGGGGCCCCUUGAGAACCUCGCGGACCACCUCGCGGACCCCACUGCCAACAAUGCGUGGGCGUACGCGCAGAACUUUGUCCCCGGCGCGUAG